UUUUCAUUCUGACCCGAAGUCGCCCUACAAAAAGACGCAAUUGUCUCUACAAGCCAGAAUGUGGAAUACAAUGAUAUGUACAGGGUGUACGUGCUGUAGGUCCUUCUGAUGACAGGAGGUGGAGAUAAGGAGAUAGGGUGUCCACAUGAAAGUGUUGUUUGCCUACCUUUCUGCGCUCGCAGUCAGAUAGACAGACAGACGUACUGUAGAUAGAGCUAUCAACGAUGGUGGUCCCUGGCUCUCAACACAAGAUGUACCAUCCUCCGGAGGGUUUGCAGAAGGAUGCUCAUGUGCCUGACUUCAACUGUUAUCUGGAACUUUACAAGAAGUCUAUUGAGGAGCCGGAUGUAUUCUGGAAAGAGGUUGCUAGUGAUUUCUAUUGGAAGAAACCUCCUACGGGUCAGAUUCUGCAGUAUAACUUUGAUGUGACCAAAGGGAACAUCUAUGUGAAGUGCAUGGAGGGAGCCACAACUAACAUGUGCUACAACGUCCUGGACAGGAACGUGAAGGACAAGAACCUUGGUGAACGAGUGGCAUUCUACUGGGAGGGGAACUCACCUGAUCACCACGAGGCCAUCACUUACAGUCAGCUGCUUGGACAGGUGUGCAGGUGUUCCAACACUCUGAAGCAGAUGGGAGUGAGGAAGGGAGACAGGGUGGCCAUCUACCUCCCGAUGAUUCCAGAGCUGGUGUACACCAUGCUGGCCUGCACCAGGAUAGGAGCUGUCCACUCCAUCGUGUUUGCAGGUUUCUCCGCUGAGUCUCUGUGUGAGAGGAUCAUGGAUUCCCAGUGUAGUAUCCUGGUGACUGCAGAUGGUGUGUACAGAGGGGAGAAGUUGAUCAAUCUGAAACAGAUAGCAGACGAGGCUCUGGAGAAAUGUAGGGAGAAAGCAUCCGCCACUGUUACAAGAUGUUUAGUAGUGAAACAUCAUGCACUGAGGACACAAGAUGGAGAUGUUUCCAACAAAUUGCAGACUCCGUGGGAUGCUGCGUGUGAUGUGUGUUGGGAGGAGGUGAUGGGACAGGUCUCUGAGCAGUGUGAACCUGAGUGGCUGGAUGCAGAGGAUCCUCUCUUUAUACUUUAUACCAGCGGAUCUACUGGCAAACCAAAGGGUGUCCUCCACACGGUAGCAGGCUACCUGCUCUACACCUCUCUGACCUUUAAGUAUGUGUUUGACCACCAGCCAGACGAUGUGUACUGGUGUACCGCAGAUAUAGGAUGGAUCACCGGACACUCCUACAUCACCUAUGGACCCCUGGCCAACGGGGCUACCAGCGUACUGAUGAAAUCUCGCGUCUUGUGACGGCCGGCCGCCCAACAACCUGCCCGCUUGACCCUAUCCCCUCCUCUUCUCCA